AUGCCAGCCUCCUUCAACCCGCCCGACGGCUACCACUCGCCGCGCUUCCCGUCGCUCAACGUCAAGGCGCUCACCGACCCGACCAAGGACCGCGAGUUCACGCUCUACUACAUCAAGGACGUCUGGAAGUUCACCGUCACCUGGACGCUCAUCACCUAUGCGCUCUUCCACCUCGGCGCCGUGGUCGUGGCCCUGCUCACCCACCGCUGGAAGAAGUCGUCCCUGACCUACAUGUGGGCGGUGCCGCUCGUCUACCUCGUCACCGCGGGGCUCGAGGCGCUUCUGGCGGGCAGCGUUGUUGGGCUCAUGUUUGUGGAACCCAUUGCUGGGCGCCGUGUACCACGCUGGCUACUACGAGAUGAAUACUUGGAUACCAUGCACCUGGGGGUUUAUCAACGCCUUGAUCCUAAUCAUCUCGUCAUUUUCGAUCCAAGGCGGGCUCUAAUGGGGGCAUGCCGAGGAGGUCCGACGUGGCCUUGUGCUGCGACGGUCCUUGAUGACAAGCGACACAUACAUACGAUGCACGUGCUCACCCUGCGCACGGGAGCAAGCCGACGAUGCCAGAGAUGGCCAAAUAAAACGGCGAAAGCACUCCUCGAUACCAGUGGCCCAGAAAUAGCCGGCGAGGAGGAUCCCGUUGAGGCCAAGAUUGGCUCAAAGUACGAGCGCAAGCCCAACCGGUCCGAGGCAAGCGCCGCUGGAGGAAUGUAUAUCGACGAGGCCCUGAUGCAACAUUCAUGGCGCGGCUGUAGCAUAGAUGCUGAACAAUAA